ACAAGAAGAAGAGGAACAUGCCUUGCCUCUACAUCACCACCAACCUUAACUUAGAUGGACUUGACACUGAUCCCAUCUUUUCUGAAGUCACCACUGCUGUCUCUACAAUCAUCGGCAAACCUGAAAAGUUUGUGAUGGUGAUAUUGAAGUCCUCAGUGCCAAUAUCAUUUGAGGGUAACAAAGAACCAGCUGCGUAUGCUGAGAUAGUUUCAAUGGGUGGCAUAAAUUCAGAAGUAAAGAGGAAAUUGAUUGCUACCAUUGGCACCAUAUUGCAGUCCAACUUGUCAAUCCCAAGAACACGUUUUUUCCUCAAAGUUUUUGAUACCACUGCAUUUCGUACGAACUCCAAAAUGUGAUGC